CCACAGCGCACGUGUGGAGGACAUUCGGAAAUUCUUUGGGGUUAUAUCAAGUGGAAAAAAGCCUGUGAGUGAGAGCGUCAAGAAGAAUGAGAAAGUAAAACCUUCGGAGGGGACUGUCAAAGGGAAGAAGGGAGCAAAGGAGGUCAAGGCUAAUAACUCCAGUAAAGAGGAUGUCUCCAAACCAAAGCCGCACAAGAGGAAGAGGAUCAUCUAUGACUCAGAUUCAGAAUCAGAGGAGACAGUGCAGGUAAAAAAUGCUAAAAAGAAAUCAGAAAAAUCAGAAAAAUUGCCACUGUCUUCUAAACCUGGUAAAAUUUCUCGGAAGGAUCCUGUUACUUACAUUUCUGAGACAGAUGAAGAUGAUGACUUUGUGUGUAAAAAGGCGGCCUCCAAAUCCAAAGAGAAUGGAGUGUCUGCAAACAGUCACCGUGGAGCAUCAACCGCGAAAAAGAAUGAAGAGACCACUAAGACCAAGAAUAAACCUUUAUCACCAAUAAAGCUUACACCAACGUCAGUGCUCGAUUAUUUUGGAACCGAAAGUGUCCAGAGAUCUGGAAAGAAGAUGGUGGCAAGCAGAAGAAAAGAGUCUUCUCAAAACAUGGAUGACUCCAGGUUAAAUGAUGAGGCCAUUGCCAAGCAGUUGCAGCUUGAUGAAGACGCGGAGCUGGAGAGGCAGUUGCAUGAAGAUGAAGAGUUUGCUCGAACGUUAGCCAUGUUGGAUGAAGAACCCAAGACCAAAAAGGCCCGAAAGGACCCUGAAGAGGGAGAAUCAUUUUCACCCGUCCAAGCUGAUAUAAGCAAAGCAGAAAACCAUAAAAGCCCUGAUAAAGAGCACUUCUUAAACGAAAGGAAGCCUGGCAGUCCUGCUCAGCCCAGCAGGGGUGGGUGCUCCAGAGGGUCUGCCCAGCCCUGCAGAUCGUCAGCUCGCCAGAGCGAAGCCUGUUCCUCUCCCAAGGCUAGCUCCAAGCUGGCACUUAUGAAAGCAAAAGAGGAAAGGUCCUACAAAGACACAGAGCUGACGGCCUCAAAAAGGAAAGAAAACGCCAUUGAACUCAAAGGAGAGAAACAAACUCCUAAGAAAACCAAAAGUUCUCCAGCUAAAAAAGAGGUUUUACAUAAUAUGAGCAUGUGGUGUGCACAGAGCAAGGCACUGACUUACGACCAAGCCAAGGCUGACUCUCAGAGGGCCAAGAAGGACAUCAAACUGGGUCCAUUUGAUGUUGCCCGGAAAGUGUUUGCAGCUGGAGAGGAGACUGCACACAUGUCCCUGAUGGACAAAUCGGAUCUCUUUUUCCAUGACUAUUCCAUAGCCCCCCUCUUUGUCCAGGAGAACUACCUCCAUGUGAAGCCUGUGGCUGCAGGGGGGGAAAUGAAGAAGCACCUGAUGCUUAUAAGCCGGGCCGCAGACAGCAUUUGUGACGGUGACUUAGUGGACAGUCAGAUCCGGAGUAAGCAAAACUGGAGUCUUCUGCCCACACAGGCCAUUUAUGCCAGUGUUCUUCCUGGAGAGUUGAUGAGGGACUAUAUGACUCAGUUUCCCUCCUUCCCAAGCUGGCUGGGGAAGUACUCAUCCACGGGCAAACAUGAUCGGAUUGUUCAGGACCUAGCCUUGCACAUGAGUCUCAGAACUUACUCCAGCAAAAGGACAGUGAACAUGGAUUACCUGUCACACAUCAGAGAUGCCCUUGUGCGACCCUUGGCCUCACAAGGGGUAGAAGGAGUUCAGCAUGUUGUCACACUUAUGGACACAUACUUUUUGAUGAGAGAAGACUUUGAGAAUAUCAUGGAAGUUAGCAGCUGGGGUGGCCAGCCCAGUCCCUUUUCCAGGCUGGAUCCCAAGGUGAAAGCAGCCUUCACAAGAGCUUAUAACAAGGAGGUCCAUCUGACCCCAUACUCACUUCAGGUAGUAAAGACAUUGAGACUCAGCACAGGCCCAGCACUGGAUUCUGAAUACCAUGAAGAGUUACAAGAAGAAGACAGUCAGUCUGAUGAGAAAGAGCAGGAUGCAAUAGAGACCGAUGCCAUGAUCAAGAAAAAGACAAGAUCUUCAAAGCCUUCAAAACCAGACAAAGACAAGGAGUCCAAAAGAGGAAAAGGAAGAAGCUGGAAGAAAUGAAACCGUUGUUGAGUUCCAAUAGCUGCUUUCCACUUACCCUCUCGGCUAGUCCAGCUGGUCCAGAGAAUGGAAGGAAGCCUUACCUUUGCCAGAGUAACCAUGUGUAGACAGUGGGGUGGGUGGCCUGCUGGUCCCCUUACAAAGGACGGUACAGCUAGACGGUCGGACUAGCCAGCUCUCACGCACCUCUUAUAGAGGUGCAGAGGACUGCCCCAGCCCUGCACUGUCCCUGCCCACCGAUUAGAUUGCUGGGAUCCAGGGUGACUGUAGACUCAGUACUCAGUCCCCACACAGGCUUUGAGCCGGAUGUUAGUUAACCAUAGCCAGUCUGGGCAGUGGAACAGAGGCAUCCUUGUAGCUUAACAGCUUCUCCUAAUGGCCGUUAAGAGGACCAGUGCUGAUUUUUUUUUAAAAACAUGGUAGUUCUUAUUUUAUGGUGAAAUUCUGUAAAUAAACCUUAAUACAAAGCAGCCACCACCUAGAGCUGAGCAUUCUUGGUCCAUGUUCAGGUAUCUUGCAGAGUAUGAAUCAGGAACCAAAUGUCCAUGUAAUGCAUGGAUCAUUCUUAAGAUUGGCAUCUUGUACAGUCAGAUGUUACGCUGGUAUGUUCCUUCCCUGGUUACUUUGGUUAGAUUAAAACAUCCGGUAUACCCUGACUUGAGGGUCUGCAGGUGAGGAGCUAGAAUCCCAGCAUCCCUUUGCACUGACCACGUUGCUGCUGUAGUCUCAGAGGCCUCUUGGCUAGUCGGGUGUGCAGACACUGGACUGCCACACAUUCCUGUCUUCCUGCAGUCUCAGCCUUCGGGGGAAACCAUAGCGUCCAGGAUGGGGCAGAUUCACAGGCUGGUCCAUUAUGGCUGGAGGUACUGUCCGUGAUGGAGUUCAUAUCCCUACUGAAGUUUCCAAUGUAUCUAGAACUGUGCUUGUUGAAGGACCCUGGGGCCAUUGAUGUAACCUGGCCUUUAGGUGUUUAACUGUUUUUAAAUCAGCAAGUGCGCAGAGGACCAUGCUGCCUCUGUGAGGUAUAUGCCAAAAAGAAUAUAAGGACUGUGCUCUGCCCGGAGGAUGCAUGGCCUUGUUGGGAGAAGAGACAAAGUCCUGGAGACAUUGCAAGUGUAAUAACCAGUGUGAAAAAGUGUGUUUCCUGGAAAUGGGUUCAUUAUGGAAAUAAACUGCCCUGAAGCCUGAAAAAAAAAAAA